AGGACUGCGCCCAGGAGGGUGGCCGGCCGCGGGAGGAGGACUUGGGUUCGGGCUGCUGCAGCUGGGUGGCCAGUGCCGCGGCGGCCCCUCCCCCGCUCUCCCUGGCCGCCGCCCCCUCCUCCUCCCGUCCUCCUCCUCCUCUCCCUCCUCCCGGUCCCCCAUCCUCCUCCCGGCCCCCGGCAGCUGAGCAGCCGGCGGCGCCGCGGCCGCGCAGCCUUUGUCUCGGGCCGCCGGGCGCGCAGGGCCCAGCGCAGGCAGUGUCCAAGCACGAAGCUGUGCACACAGUCGCUCUCCGCAGAGAUGCUUAGGAUGUGAUCCAUGAAUCGCAAAUCCCAGCUAGUGCUCACAAAGACGGACAUUUCUCCCCAAGACCAUUCCAGUGCCCCAGAGGUCCACAGACAUCCAGGAAGAUGCAGCCAGCAGACAAAGAAUGGCAGCCACCGAAGCGCUGAGGGGAGCCCUCCCGGCCAUUUCUGUCCCAGCUCCAAGGGUCUCUCCACCAUGGCCUGCAACAGCACGUCCCUUGAGGCUUACCCAUACCUGCUGCUGAACACCAGCAACGCCUCGGACUCCGGGUCCACCCCGUUGCCCGCACCCCUCAGGAUCUCCUUGGCCAUAGUGAUGCUACUGAUGACGGUGGUGGGGUUCCUGGGCAACACUGUGGUCUGCAUUAUUGUGUACCAGAGGCCGGCUAUGCGCUCGGCCAUCAACCUGCUACUGGCCACCCUGGCCUUCUCUGACAUCAUGCUGUCCCUCUGCUGCAUGCCCUUCACCGCCGUCACCCUCAUCACCGUGCGCUGGCACUUUGGGGACCACUUCUGCCGCCUCUCAGCCACGCUCUACUGGUUUUUUGUCCUGGAGGGCGUGGCCAUCCUGCUCAUCAUCAGCGUGGACCGCUUCCUCAUCAUCGUCCAGCGCCAGGACAAGCUGAACCCGCGCAGGGCCAAGGUGAUCAUCGCGGUCUCCUGGGUGCUGUCCUUCUGCAUCGCGGGGCCCUCGCUCACGGGUUGGACGUUGGUGGAGGUGCCGGCGCGGGCCCCACAGUGCGUGCUGGGCUACACGGAGCUCCCCGCUGACCGCGCCUACGUGGUCACCUUGGUGGUGGCCGUGUUCUUCGCGCCCUUUGGCGUCAUGCUGUGCGCCUACAUGUGCAUCCUCAACACCGUCCGCAAGAACGCCGUGCGCGUGCACAACCAGUCGGACAGCCUGGACCUGAGGCAGCUCACCAGGGCGGGCCUGCGGCGCCUGCAGCGGCAGCAACAGGUCAGCGUGGACUUGAGCUUCAAGACCAAGGCCUUUACCACCAUCCUGAUCCUCUUCGUGGGCUUCUCCCUCUGCUGGCUGCCCCACUCCGUCUACAGCCUCCUGUCUGUGUUCAGCCAGCGCUUUUACUGCGGUUCCUCCUUCUAUGCCACCAGCACCUGCGUCCUGUGGCUCAGUUACCUCAAGUCCGUCUUCAACCCCAUCGUCUACUGCUGGAGAAUCAAAAAAUUCCGCGAGGCCUGCAUAGAGUUGCUGCCCCAGACCUUCCAAAUCCUCCCCAAAGUGCCUGAGCGGAUCCGAAGGAGAAUCCAGCCGAGCACAGUCUACGUGUGCAAUGAAAACCAGUCUGCGGUUUAGGGGAUCGGGGGCCACAGAGAAGGGGCAGCUGAGCCCCAGUCCCAGGAUGGGUCUGUCCUGCUCUGUUUCCUGGCAUGUUGGUCAUAGUCUGCACUUUGUGGUGGCUAUUUAAGCACAAAGGUACUCAUUUGUAAUCAGACGAGCUGCAGCUCCCAAAUUUCAAAUUUUGGCAAGAUGAAUUAUUUUUGUUUCUCUUUGCAGAAGAGCCAAAUAUGGGGCUGAUGGGAACUGCAAAGUCAUUAAGGCAAAAAUGGAGUGGGCUGGGGAGUGCAGAAGUUGGGCAGAAAGGGAGGAAGCAGGCAACAGGGAAUGAAGCUGGUUGAGUGUGGGGCAGGAGGACCAGUCAGUCACAGGAGCUUCAACCUGCCCUGAGAGCCCUCUCUGCACCUGCUCAAGAGAAACCCUGAGAAACCCCAGUAGGUGUGAGCUCCUGGGUGUUCAUUCAUUUUGUUUGACACCAGGGCUCUUCAGCUAUUGAUGUUUGUGGUGUGUGGGGACUCACAUGAGGUUCUUUAUGUUGAUCAGAUGUGCAUUUCUUCCCACGCCUAAGUAUCUUUUCUAGAAAGAAACCAAAAUCACACGGGGAAGCAGAGUGAGCCUCUGUGCUUUGAGCUCCCUGGAAUGACGCAUGGGAGGCCUCAGAGGCUUGAAGCCCAGAGAAGGUCCUGGGCAGCCCAGCUGAAGUGAGAAGCACAUCCGGGAACUCCUGCAUGUCCCCAGCGCCCCCCACCUGUUGGGCCCACCGCGUCCCUGCACCCUGAGGCCACUAGGCCUCCCU